GGCCGGGCCAGCUUUUGUAUUUCAAAGCAUGUAUUAAUUGUAUUUUUAAAUUCUCCAGAUUCGGCAUUUUCGUUAUAACAUGACAAUUGCCACCUCAACAUUCAACCGAGUAACAUUUGCAGCAUCCGCCCUAUUAUUCACUGGAUACGCUUUUCGCCAGCACAAGAAAGCCGCUACGCCGUCGACUCACAGUGAGCCCAAGCCCUGUAGCGACCGCCUUACGACCGCUCAUCGCACAACGCUGACCUCCACUGUCGUUGCAGACAAGCACAACGCCAUGACAGCCGAACACAGUUUUCAGACCCUCUUUGCGGUACCGCUCUCCUGCGACAGCUGUAUCAAGUCCGUCUCAGAUGCACUAUAUCAGCUGGGUGGCAUUACCAAAGUGGAGGGAAACCUUAAGGACCAACUGAUAUCAGUGGAAGGAUCAGCUGCACCAUCAAAGAUCGUCGAAGCUAUCCAAGACACAGGACGAGACGCUAUUCUCCGUGGGUCUGGAGCCUCAAACAGUGCUGCCGUCAGUAUUUUGGAAAACUUCGCCGAAAAUGUGCCCUCACAACAGGAUGAAGGCAAUCCCAAGCGCGAAGUGAGGGGUCUAGCUCGCAUGGUAGAAAUCGGAUCCGGCAGAACUCUUGUAGACCUUACCAUCCGCGGCGUGACUCCAGGAACAUAUCAUGCUACCAUUCGCGAAUACGGUGAUUUGAAGCAAGGCGCAACUUCUACAGGGCCUGUAUGGGCCACCGAAGGCAACAAGCAAGAGCCGCGCGGGUAUUUAGGCACGGUUGACGUUGGGAAAGAUGGCAGCGGUGCAGUAUUCUCAGACCAUGCAUUCCAAGUAUGGGAGAUCAUUGGACAUGCAAUGGUGCUUACAAGACAGACAGAGGAGCAGGCUCUACAGAAUGACGAGGACACAGUCGUGGGUGUCGUUGCCCGAAGCGCCGGCAUGUGGGACAAUGACAAGACCGUGUGCUCGUGCACCGGCAAGACUCUGUGGGAUGAACGAAAGGAAGAAGUUGCAAAAGGAAUGUUGUAAAACAGGGAGCAUAGUAGGCGUUACGGUUGGUUUGGGGGCGGCGUACGAGCGAGCGAGCGGACGAAUGAGCGUAUAGAUAAAACGAGUAAGAAUGUUAGCACACACCUCUACGUAGUACUAGUUGUCUCCGUCCCAUGAUUGACCACGCCCAUCAUGACCAAGGAGGCUGGCUCAUCCCCUACAAAGGUUUAAUAUCCCCUAGCGGCGCGUAGCACUCAAACGACGCCGCCUUGCAAGCGCUUUACAUGGAUGGGUAGAGUGGUGUACUAGCUCCUGAGACGCGUAAGGCAAGAUUGAGCCAUCCUUGUGGCAAAAAUAGACGACACUGAUGGUGCCACGGAAGAUGUUCUAGUGUGCUAAGGGCGGGAUUGGCGGCUAGUAUCACCAAUGAAACUCGGAGACUAGCAGCGUCGGAAUUUAUAAACGUGACCUCCCAAACAAGAGACCGCCUUUGCGAGACGUCCGAGCGGAGCGGCAAAACAACCGAUAGAACAGUGAUCGUUACAGAGCGUUCCGAGGCAGCUGUCAACGGAAAACGUGUGAUUGGAAGGAUGUCUGUGACAUGGUGCAGCAAG